GCCAACUGACCUCAGUGGACGCACCCAUAAUUUGUGGCAUUCAUCCCCACUGGAACAGAAGAAGCAUGAAAAAGAUCCUGGUGACAGUCAUCUGUCAGAGUUCACCGUCUUUAAAGCACGAUCGGCACACAAAGAGAGCAACAGUAACAAUGCCUCCAACCAGUUACCCCCUCCUUUAGUGGAAGGAACUUCACUUCCACAGCUUGAUACAUAUAAUGCAUCCGAUAACAAAAAAAUUAAAUGGCAAUCUUUCUCUGGUCCAAUAACUAGUAAGCCAUGGUCUACAAAGCCUGCUUUAUCUGCCAGUGGCCCCAUCUCCUCUAACGAACUUCCCAAACAAGGUUCUGGAGUGCUUCCACGUGUAAUAAUUCCUCAGACUACAUCUCCAAAGGUGUCCCCAACUGCUUCACCUCCCCUUGCAUCUUCACCCAGAAUAAGUGAGCUUCAUGAGCUUCCUAGACCACCAGGGAAUUUAGCCUCAAAACCAGCAAAAUCAUCCAUAAUAGUUGGUCACUCUGCUCCAUUGGUCAGAAAUCUGGAGCAUUCUGGAGCAAGCAAGAUUCCUUCUACAAUGACAAAUUAUGCGUCACCUUUGCCAAUUCCACCUUUUGUUGUUCCUCGAAGUUUCUCAAUUCCUUCCAGCAGCCAGAGAGCAAUGACAAUACAUGUUUCUAAAUCUGUGGAGUCUCUGCAUGUCCCAGAAAAGGCUGAAGAAGUUGAUGGUUAUCCACCAUUGACACAAUCCAUAGCAAACAUCAAACAAGCAUCUGCCACGCCUGAAUUGGUACCUCAUUCUGGUCAAAUUAGAGGUGGGAGCUGAGAUAAUGAACGUUACAUGAAUCUCUGAUUUUUUUUUUUCCAAGAUUGCCUGAUGCAAUUUUUUUUUUUUUUCCCUUUUGGGUCUCGUCAUGUUCAAGCUAGGUACUGUAAAUAAUAUGUUAAAUGCAUUGCUUUGUUUCUCAUCCCAAAUUUUGUUCAUUGUGUGAUUGAAUAUGAUGAGAACUAAGCUCACAUAAUUGUGCAUUAUUACACAUCAUGUAUAUCAUCGAUUAAGAAAUUUUGUUCUUAGUACUACUUAAUUAAAAUUUCCCACUAGAAAUGAUUAAUCUAGUGAGGAUUUUUUGUUA